ACAACAACAAACAACACACUCGCGGGAAAUCUCAUCGCCACUCACGCCCCUCGAAGAACGCGUAUUCCAGCGCGCCGCAAACUUAACCACCACACCCUCGUAUAAUGUAUUUGACGACGACGAGGUGCUCAAAAUAUGCGACGACCAGGACAUGACCGCCAGCCUUGUGCCGCAGGGAGGCGGGCAGCAGCAGCAGCUGGCGGCUGCGAUGUCGCCUCAUGGAUGGAGGCUGGACGGUAAUUCCGGCAGUAAUAUCAGCAACGCCAAUGGCAAUGCCAUUGGCGUUGGCGUUGGCGAUGCCGGGAGCGGCAGCAAUGGCGGCGGCGGCGGGAUCGGGAAUCGCAUUGCGUUGCGGUCGCGCAGGCUGGCGCGGAUGGUGGCUAGCCGCCGCAAGGGCAGCGCCGAGGGGGCGCAGCUGCUUGGAGCGCGGCUGGCGCCGACUGGAGGCGCGGCGCCGGAAGACGGCCGGCGCAGGCAGCAGCGGCGGCGGAGCGGCGGCAGUACAGGAGGGGGGCGCAUGCCGAUCCGGCCUUGGCCAGUGUCGAGUCCGGGCAUUCGGCCUGGCGAGUACUCUGGCGGCGGCAGCACAUCGACCAUUCUGCCGCUGCGGUCACCGCCAGCAUUCGCGCCCAGGCCGCACGACAACUCGCGGUGGCGGUGGCGGCGCGGCUGGGGGCGGCCGCAGUGGCUGCAGCUGAGGGCGCCGCGGCUGCGCAGCAAAAGCAGCGUUGCGCCCAGCCCGGCGCCGCGCAUGCACGCGUUCCCGACGGGCGGCGACGAGCCCAAGCCCGGCGCCGCGCCCCCGGCGGCCGGGCGCAGCGUAGGCAGCCGCGUCUGGGGCGCGUUGCGCGCGUUCGCGAUGCCCGGCGGCUACAACCGGUUCGGCACGCGCGACAACGGCGCGUACACCGAGUCUAUCGGGUUUCUUCUGGCGUUCGCGCUGGCCAGCGUGGCGUUCAUCAUGUGGGGCGUGCUGGCGCCCAAGGCGCUGUGCAGCACAGCGCAGACGUUUACGGCGGCCGACGUGGCGGCGCGCAAGUUCGUCGCGGCCAACGGCAUCGUGGCCGACUUUACAUUGUCGCGCACCAGCUUUGGCAGCGCCAUGCACGGGUACAGCGGCUACGACGUGUCGGCUGUCUUCCCGCUGCUGGGCCAGUUGGCGCCGGCCGUGCGGCCCACGCUGCCAGGGCGCACGGCGGCGCUGCUGGACCGGUGCGUGGCCGGCGACAGUGCGCGGCGCUUUGUCGAGCGGUGGCACGCCGAGUCGGCGCUGUUUGCCGGCAUGGACGAUGAUUUUCCGGCGCAGUGCCCGUUCCCGCAGUCGCCGCAGACCAGUGGCGCGGCCUGUCUGGUCGGCGCCUGGCCGCAGUUUGCCGCGAGCAAAGUUGGCGUUGUCAAGGUCAACGCGUCCGAGGUGCGCGACCGCCACGCGUCCGCCGCUACCUCGUGGGUGGUCCUCGACGACAGCGUCUACGACGUGUCCAUGUACCUUGCGUACGCGUCCGACCCUAUUAUGCGCAAUGGCUCGGCCGACGCCAUGCGCACGCCGCGCAGCGAGACAAUGUUUCUGCCCGAGAGCCUCACCGCGCUGCUCAUUGAUCGCCCCGGCCAGGACAUUUCGGCUGCGUUCUAUGCGCUGCAGCACGUUGACGCGGCGCUGUACAAGCAGUGCAUGGAUGCGCUGUUUUUGCGCGGCACCGUGCUGGACACCCAAUCGCCGUUUGCCUGCGCGAACACCAAUAUUGUCGCCUGGGUGACUUUUGGCCUGUAUUUCCUGCUGCUGCUCGUGCGCUUCGUUGUGGCCGAGGCGUACGCUGCCAUUCGGGCGCGGCGCGCGGUUAUCAGCGGGAGCAGCGGUGGAGGAGGCGGCGGCGGCGGCGACGAUGGCAGCAGCGCCAGCAGCCAUCUUCCGGCGGCGCUAGGCGACGAGGAGCAGGCGGCUGGCGUGUCAUCGUGCCUCGUCGUUGUGCCGUGCUUUGACGAGCCCAUCGAGACUCUCACGCGCACGCUGCAAGGAAUUGCGCGGUCGACGCAUGCCGAUGCACAGACUUGCUGUGGGUGAUCAACGACGGCGACGCUGCUGUGCUCGGAAGCAUCCUGCGCAUUCUGUCGCAUGGCGGCGGCGCCAGCGAUCCAAGUUUUACGGCGCCAGUAAUAGCGCUGGCGCUGGUGAGGGGCUGGGCGCCGCGCGCGUGUACUCUGGUUUCUAUGAGUGCGGAAGACAUCGUAUUGCGUAU